AUGUCGGCUGAAGACGUUUACAAUUUCAGUACCUACCAAACCUGGGCAGAUCUCCUUUCAUAUAUCAGUCCAUAUUCUUGGGCCUAUGUAGGUCUCGGCCUUGGCUUAGGCUUAUCUAUUGUAGGAGCAGCUUGGGGCAUUUUUAUCACUGGAUCCUCUUUGGUAGGAGCUGCUGUUAAGGCUCCAAGAAUAAAGUCCAAGAACUUGAUUUCAAUCAUUUUCUGUGAAGCCGUCGCAAUCUAUGGUGUAAUUAUUGCUAUUAUACUUGAAGGGAAGGUCUCCAAGGUAGGAGAAUCCCAUUGGACUGAAACAGAGACCCUCAAUGAUGCGCUUUAUGCAGCAUUCGCAGUGUUUGGAGCUGGCUUGUCUGUAGGAUUAAGCAACCUGGUUUGUGGAAUUUGUGUAGGAAUCACUGGUAGUGGCUGUGCUUUAGCUGAUGCAAUGACUCCAGAAACCUUUGUCAAGAUUCUAAUUGUGGAAAUUUUUGGUUCGGCUAUUGGGCUGUUUGGUGUGAUUGUGGGGAUUAUUCAGAUAGGAAAUAACAGUUUCCCAAGCUAA